AUGUUAGAAACCCUCAAAGCCGACAUUGCAGAACACCGGCAAGAAAAGCUGGAGAAACUCGCCCCAGCCAGCGCCGCAGACCGGGCCUUUGCACUCAAGGGCUACUCGAUCUGGCUCCUUCCCCCCCGCCACGAGGGGAAAAAGCUAAGCGAGCUAAUCUUCCGCCUCGCCAAGGACGCUGGUUCUCCAGCCUUCAUGCCCCACAUCACGCUCUUCACCCCGCGCAACCCCGUCAACGUGGACCAGCUUGAGAAAGCCGUCCACCGCGGCAUCGACACGAGCAUGCUCGCCCGCGACAUGGCGACCGACGCGUCUCUUCUGCGUAAAGGUGAUGAGGGGAUGUUUAACAAGGACCCCGAAGCGCAUGAUCGGCCAAUGGAAUCAGCCGAGCCCGGACUCAAGCUCCGUCUCCUCCCUCCCCAACCUGGUGAUCGGUAUUACCAGUGCGUCUUGUCUCCAGUGGAUCCCGCCACCGCUGUCGGGUUGGUUGCGCUCAGAACCGCCGUCGCCCAGUACCUCAACGAAAGCACGGGGUCUUAUUUCCCGCAUUUGUCACUUUGUUAUGGCGAUUUCGAGGAGGAUAAGAAGUUGGAAUUGAUCGAGGAUGGGACGGGCGAUUGGCCUAUUGAGAUUACAUGUACCGAGGUGGCUGUGGUCGAUGUCAAUGGCACGGCGGACGAGUGGCGCGUCCUCACAACCCUCCGGAUUACGUAG